AUGGCUUUCGUGUCGUCCAAUUCCCACCUCUUCCUCCUCUUUCUCUUCAAUCUAAUCCUUCUUGUUCAAUCAAAACUAGACGUUGACACUAUUGAUCAUGAUGCACUCUUACUUAUCAAGAAAGACUUGGGCAUCCAAGGUCAACUCCAUCGUCCAGGAAGUCCAUGCAACUCGGCCGGAGUGUUCUGCGAAAGAAGAUUCAAAAACAAUUUGUAUGUGCUUAGAGUUACGCGUCUGGUCUUUGAAUCCCAAAAUCUCGAAGGAAGACUUUCUCCUGCAAUUGGGAAGCUCUCCGAGCUUAAAGAGCUUUCGCUUCCGAACAACCAACUGGCUGGCCAAAUCCCGACCCAAAUUUUUGAUUGCAAGAAACUCGAGAUUCUAAACAUCAGAAACAAUCAAUUCUCCAGAAAAUUUCCAUCCGGAUUAUCAUCACUAACCCACCUUCGUGUUCUUGAUCUCUCAUUCAAUAAGUUUUCUGGAAAUUUGAAAUUCUUGAAGUAUUUCCCCAACCUGGAGAAGCUCUCCCUAGCAAAUAAUAUGUUUGCAGGAAAAGUACCUUUAUCUUUAAGAUCUUUUCGGAAUCUCAGAUUCAUUGACAUAUCUGGCAACAGUUUACUCGAAGGUUCAGUGCCAGUAAUGAAUCAAGCAGCCUAUUUCUCCUCACAAUCGACCAAAGAGGACAAUGUUUCAAAAAGGUACAUGCUUGCUGAAAAAUCGAUUGACAAAAAUCUAACCACCCCAACGGCACAUUCUUCAAGUAAGGUCUCUAGUGGUAUUCACUUUGAAGCUAAGAUGUCCAUUGCAGCAGAGCAUAAGCAUCAGAAACACUUCUGGGAAGCAGUUAAAUGGAUUCUCGGCAUUCUGGCUGGAGUUUUAGGGGGCUGUGUUGUUGGGUUCUUUAUUUCCCGACUCUUAAAGUGUAUCAGGUUCUUGAUCAAAGAAGAGAAGAACGAAAGUUCGGCAAUUUUCAGUCUAUUAAUCAAGAAUCCCAAGGACCUAGCUUUCCUAGAGAAAGAGGGUGGACUAGCGUCGCUCAAAAUCAUAGGAAGAGGUGGAUGUGGAGUAGUUUAUAAAGCAACUUUACCCGGAAGUAAUGGAAUGGAAAUUGCUAUAAAGAAGAUAACUCUGCCACUUGAGAUUUCCCAAGAAGACAGCAAACUUAUGAACAAGAGGACGAGACAGAUGAGAUCGGAAAUUCGGACAGUGGGUCUAAUCAGACACCGAAAUCUAGUUCCUUUGUUAGCCCACGUGCCACGGCCUGACUGUCAUUACCUGGUGUAUGAAUACAUGAAGAAUGGUAGUCUACAAGAUGUGCUCCAACAGGUCUCACAAGGGAGAAGAGAACUAGACUGGCUUGCACGAUACAAAAUCGCAUUAGGAGUAGCUGUCGGCCUCGAGUAUCUGCAUAUGCAUAAUAUCCCACGUAUAAUUCACAGAGACAUCAAGCCAGCAAAUGUCCUCCUCGAUGAUGAAAUGGAAGCUCGAAUUGCUGAUUUUGGGCUUUCAAAAGCAAUCCCGGAAGCCAACACUCAUUUUUCAACUUCGAAUGUGGCAGGGACGGUGGGAUACCUCGAUCCUACAUAUUACCAAACAUGUCAGUUCACCGAGAAGUGCGACAUAUAUAGCUUCGGUGUGUUGCUAGGAGUUCUAACGAUGGGUAAGUUUCCAACAGAUGAGUUUUUCCAACACACAGAGGAGAUGAAUUUAGUGGGGUGGAUGAGAAAUGUCACGAGAUCUGAGGAUCCAAAAAGAGCAAUAGAUCCACGACUCAUGGGAAAUGGAUACGAGAAGCAGAUUCUUUUAGUUCUCAAAAUUGCUUAUUAUUGUACCUUGGAUAAUCCAAAAGAGAGGCCUGACAGUAAGAAUGCUAGAUGCUUGUUGUCUGAUAUCAAGCAUUGA